CCUCAUACUCCUCACGAGCACCCCCUUGUCUUGCACAGACAAUUCUCCAUAUGAUUACCACCACCACCCUUACCACUCAAACCGCAUCAUGAUUGUCAGCGGACUUGAAGUCGUCACCCGCCAACUGGUGCGGAAUCUCCGCGGUGCCACCCAACAACAACCUUGCGGCAUUGAUCUCACCCUUCGUCAGAUCUCCAAAUGGACCUCCGCAGCGACUAUUGACUUCGAUAAUACGAAGCGCCAGGCAGCCAGAACCUCUAUCUUGCCGUUUGAUAACACAAGUCAUGCCAUUACACUGCCACCAGGCGCUUAUUUGGUCGACUUCAACGAAACCGUUCACGUUCCACGGGAUUGCAUGGGCAGCAUUUUCGCGCGGUCAUCCCUCUGGCAUUCUGGGGUGGGGAUUACGGCGGGUGUUGUCGACGCCGGUUAUGAAGGUGCUCUCGGUGCCCUGAUGGAGGUCAAGAAUCCCCACGGCGUCGUUCUGUAUCGAGACGCCAAGCUCGCGCAGAUUGUCUUUGAGGAGUUGAGCAAAGAGGUGGAAGGAUAUAAUGGUAUCUACCAGGCUUCCACGAGCAGUGUUGGGCGUGAUGGAACGGGUCAGACUUCAAACACUCAAGCAGGGGAUACUAUACUUAAAAGAUGAGGCAGGCAUUGGAACACUCAACGAAAUUGUUAGCUAGACCGGCCACUCAGGUUUGGCAUGGAGUUUUUCUUCCUCCGUACCAUCGAUUUUGAAUUUGACCAGCGAUUACCAAGUGGAUUACCUCUACAAUGCGUCGCCACUGGCAUAAUUGGCCCCAUUGCCAUUCUCCAGCUUGGUGUGCCACUGAUAUUAAUAGGUUGCUUUUGGAGGAGAUCAUAAUGUAUCUGAACUAGGCAUAU